CUUCUUAUCUGCGCGGUUAUGUCAUCCUCCUGGGGAACCUUGUCCAACCACAAAGAAGAACAGCUUCCUUUCACAUUGAUCGCUUAAUCGGGGUUCAAGUCUCGUGCCUCUCUGCCUAGAUAACGGCGACUAACUAUUUAAGCCUUCCAACGUGCUGAUCCCAGUCGGAGACGGCCAGGAAGUAGGAAGACAUGGGUUCCUCGGUGGCUCCCGGCUCUGCUGAGCCAACAGUGACCUUCAGCUCAGGUCGCGAGUCUGAGCCGCCGGACUUGAGGAUCGUCCACUUCAACGAUGUUUACCAUCUGGAUCCGUCAUCGGCCGAGCCCGUAGGCGGCGUGGCCCGGUUCAUCACGGUCUGCAGAGAAUACCGCGACGACAAGAGAUUCGCAGGCCAGCCUGAGCUCAUCACCCUCUUCUCCGGCGAUGUCUUCAACCCCAGCUUGGAGAGCUCUAUCACAAAGGGCCGGCACAUGGUUCCCAUCCUUAACAGCAUUGGGACCGACUGCGCCUGCGUCGGGAACCACGAUCUCGAUUUCGGAGUAAAGCAGUUUCGCUAUCUGACAUCCAAGUGCGACUUCCCCUGGCUGCUCGCCAACGUCCUCGACCCGGACCUGGGCGAGGACGUGCCGAUCGGGAACGCGCAGCGGACGCACAUGCUGACGGCGUCGAACGGGCUCAAGAUCGGGCUGAUCGGGCUCGGGGAGCGCGAGUGGCUCGAGACGAUCAACGCACUCCCGCCGAACCUCAUCUACCGCUCCGCGACGGCGGUGGCGAAGGAGCUGGUGCCGCAACUGCGGGCCGCGGGGGCCGAUAUUGUGAUUGCGCUGACGCACAUGCGCGAGCCCAACGACCACAAGCUGGCGCAGAACAUGGGCGGCGAGAUCGACCUCAUCCUCGGCGGCCACGACCACUUCUACGCGCACAGCCUCAUCAACGGGACGCACGUGCUCCGCUCGGGCUGCGACUUCAAGCAGCUGAGCUACCUCGAGGUCCGCAGGUCGGACCGGCGGCCGGGCAAGUGGGACGUCGACAUCUGGCGGCGGGACAUGGUCAAGUCGGUGCCCGAGGACCACGCGACGCUGGAGCUCGUCGACAAGCUCACGGCGAAGCUGAAGAAGAGCCUCGAGAAGUCGGUCGGCUGGACGGCCGCCCCGCUGGACGCCCGGUUCACGACCGUCCGGCUGAGGGAGAGCAACCUGGCCAACUUUGUGUGCGACGUCAUGCGCCAUUACUACCAGGGCGACUGCGCCAUCAUGGCGGGCGGCACCGUCCGCGGCGAUCAGAUCUACGCGCCCGGGCCGAUACGGCUGAAGGACAUCACUGACUGCUUCCCCUUUGAGGACCCCGUCAUGGUCAUCAAGGCGUCUGGGAAGUCUAUUUGGGGCGCCUUGGAGAAUGGCGUGUCGUUAUACCCGGCUCUUGAAGGCCGCUUCCCGCAGGUGUCGAAUAUCAGGUUCAAAUUUGAUCCUUCUAGGCCACCGCAGUCUCGGGUCCUGUCAGUCGAGAUCGACGGAAAGCCUAUCGACCACAAGAGGCUCUACACCGUUGUCACGAGGGGAUACAUGGCCCGCGGCAAGGACGGCUACACCGACCUCCUCAGCCGACCCGAGGGCGGCGAGUGCGAGGAGGUCGUAUCAGAGGAGAGCGGGAUGCUCAUCUCUACGAUGCUGCGGCAGUACUUCAUGGCGCUCAAGGUGGUCCGGCGGUGGUCCAACUGGGGGCCCUCGAUGGCCCGCCACUGGGGCGAGGUGGUCACCAACGUGUGCAAGUGCCACCCGGUGAUGCAGCCCAAGUCGUCGCGGCGGCCGCCGCAGCAGUGCGGGGCGGCCGAGACGGCCGAGGGAUGCAUCCACGGCAAGCGCAAGUGCGCCUGGGACGAGUGGACGCCGGCGAAGCUCCGCCAGCGGCGCGGGAGCAUGCCGCCCGUGGACGAGGCGGAGGACAGCGACGAGGAGGGCGAGACCGCGGACGGGGACGGGGACGCCGACCAGGUCAUCUUGGAGAGGGAGCUGCGCAUCAUGCGGCGCGUCUUCAAGCAAUGGUGUCGCCGCGCCGGGGUCCGCGGGCAGACCUGCGACGACCUGCGCGAGGCCGAGUGCGAGGUCGAGUGGACGAAGGCGAUUGCGCCGAAGCUUGAAGGGCGGAUACAGAUGGUUGGGGAGAAGGAGAGGUAGAAGUCAUACACCAAAAGCUAAAAAAGCCAUGUGUUUAGAGCAAGGCUUGGUUGUCUGGUAUAAGGAGUAUCGUGUCUAAUUCCAGGGUAUCUAGUAUAGCGCUAGACUAGGUAUAGAGCAUCGCACCUCCGUGCCUGCCUGCCUACCUACGUUACCAUGGCCGUGAUUGUUGGAGCUGGUUUGGGUAUAAUGGAAGCCGCAGGUCCACUCUCUCUACUUGAACCCCCCCGUCUGUUCCGCUAUUCAUUUCUUUCGGCAGUGGCCCGUGACAUUCUGUUUCUUCCCUCUCUACCAACCUCGUCUUGGGCCGACCGAUAAUGCCGGAUGCGUACACAUAGAUAGCGAUAAUACGAGAAAAUAGGUGGAAUAGAACCC